AUGUCCAUGCCCCAUCCUAACACCGGUAAUCCUGAACGCAGCAUGAUGUGUUUUUGCGACCUGUGCCAUAGCCGAUAUCCACAGUUUCGAUAUGAUCUUCUUACUCCACGGCAGUAUACUGAUCAUCAGAAUGCAGCUUUACAGCAGGCUACGCUUGCUGCUGCCCUUAAUGGUGAUACAGCAAUGGGUGAGCCUUCUGACGGUGCUACCGAGACUGACGAUCAAGUUCCAAUGGCUACUGAUGAUGAUAGCCCUGUUGACCAUUCCAACAAUGGAGAAGGAGAACGAGAUUUCGACAUUGGGGACAACAAUGCACAGAAUCCCGAGGCACUGCAACCGCAGAGCGUGGUACUGCCGGAAGGAGAGCUAGAGAUACAGCAUUUUGAUCUGCCCGAGGAACCACUUGCAACAGGGUCUGUAGGCGAGAACGACAUCAACCCAGUAAUCGACAUAGAGUUCAACGGCGAGAUCGACGAUCUAGAAGAACGAGCAGCAGUCCACCUCAUCAGCUUUGUUUCAGUACUGAUUGGCAGCAUUGCUGGUAAUACCCUCCGCCAACACAUCCCAAAGACCCUUCCAGCAACCAUGCACUACCUCGUUCGAUCCACUUGCAUUCCGCGAACUGUCCUCAGAUACGAACUGGUGGAAGAGCAUUACACGCUCUUGUUAGAACACUACAACAACCAUUAUGCACAAGGAGUUAGUCAUGGUGCCAGUCACGAACAAAGACGCAUCUUUGCCAACAAUAGGACAGGACAAGUCCAAUACUACAUCCGCCAUUUACUUGUCAUUGACCGCGUCCCUACCAUCCACUACUUCGCAUACGUCUGUUGGUACUGCACAGAAACAACAGAGCAACGAUUCGCCAACGAGGGUCUCGAGGAAUGGAAAAGCACCUUUGGCCAGGAUGAUUAUCAGUCCAUCUUGCCGGUGCAUCGAAUAUUCUCACAGGUGUCAAUCGUUGGAUAUAGUGACCAUACAGAUCCUAAGUCCGCGAAAAUCGUUGUGAUUCCUUUAACACGUAGAAGAGUAGUAGAAAGUAAAAACACAAAAUAA